GCCUUGUAUCCGUGACUGCACUAAGGUUAUAUUAGGUAAGCUAUGAUGACUAUUUUUCACCUUGGACAGCUCCGAAGUUUGGUACAAUACGACAAUGUAUGGCGCCGACAGACACACCGUAUAGCUGUCGAUGUGUAGGAGUUUGCAAUUUGCCUAUAAGCAAAGCCUACAGAAUUUCUAACCGUUGAUACUAAACGUGACUUAGGCGGGGAUAGCGCAUCCGCUUGGUCGAGUCCGACCAGCGGAGCAUAUCUAGGCACCAUGGCUGAGCUUCAAUUUGCUCGUUCAUUAUUAUACGAUACGCCACCGGAUGUUUUAGAGGAAGAACAGGUGCUGGCGAGUGAAGACACUCGAGCUUUGCGCAUAGCCUCGGUUUUUAUCAUCCUAGCAACUGGACUUUUAGGCGGCCUUCCGCCUCUAUUCCUGAAGGUCUUCCGUGACCAAGACAGCACCACAACCCGCCUGGUCCGUUCCUUCUCUGCCGGCGUAAUCGCAGCCCUCGCACUCGUGCACAUCAUCCCAGAGGCUAUCUCGGACAUGUCUUCACUGGGCUCCGAGUACCCGCUGGGUGGCGUCUGCGUGCUGGGCGGUGUGGUGCUGAUGGUGGGGCUGGAGCACCUGGCGCACAUCAUGCACUCCCACCCAGCUGGCGGGGUUGACAAGCGGGACCACCAUCAUUCGGCAACAGCAAAUGGUGACGGCACAACGGCGCUUGGAGGGGCAGCAGCAGGGCCAGGGGCCGCAACAGUGGCUGUGGGCCCCUGCAGUGGCGGCGGCUGCGGCGCAGUAACACCGGUAAUGGAGGGGGUGCCGGUGCAGGCGGAGGCGUCAAAGCACGCCCACUCCUUCCCAUUGUCACCUUCACAGCCGCCGCUGCCAUGCGCACCAGUUGCUGCGGGGGAGGGUCACAGCCACGUGUGUGUGUCCCGUGGGUCGGCGUCCAACUGGGUUGCUGCUGCCGCGGUGGAGACGCUGGGCGGGCUGCGGCAGCGGGUGGUGGCGUACCUGUUUGAACUGGGAUGCAUCUUUCACAGUUUCAUCAUCGGGCUCUCCCUAGGUGUCAACCGCACCGACCUAACUGAGGUCCGCUCGCUGCUGCUGGCGCUGGCCUUCCACCAAUGGCUCGAGGGUAUCAGCCUGGCCAGUGUGGUGGUCCGCGGCGGCUUCUCGAUGUGGAAGGGCGCCGCCAUGAUCGCCACUUACUCGCUGACCUGCCCGCUGGGCAUCGCGGUGGGGAUGGCCAUCGCGCAGUCGUACGAUGGGGAGUCGCGGCGCGCGCUGGGAGUGCAGGGCGCCCUGAACGGCGUGUCCGGCGGCCUGCUGCUGUACAUCUCGCUGGUGCAGCUGGUGGCGGAGGACAUGGGGCGAAUGGCGCCGGGGUCGGGGCAGGGCGGGG